CCCUGAGCUGCAUCCAUGGAGAAACCAGACCAGGAUGACAUUUGCCUGAAUGUUCUUCUGCUGGGAAAGACUCAGAGUGGGAAAAGUGCAACAGGAAACAUUGUCCUGGGAAGCUAUGAGUUUGUGAGCAGACUCUCUGUGGGACCUGUGACUCAGGACUGUCAGCUUUGCUACAGAAACUUUCCCAAGUUCAUUCGUCGAAACGGCAGAGAGGUUGCACUAUGUGUGAAGGUGCUGGACACUCCAGCAUACCCUCAUUGCGAGCUCAGCCCAGUGGAGGUCAAGGAGGCUAUUCAACGAGCCCUAAAACAGAACUUUGAACAGGGACUGCAUGUGGUUCUGCUUGUGAUGAGGGCAGAUGUCCCGUUUUGUGAAGAGGACAGUCAAUGUAUACAACUAGCAGAGGAGCUUCUUGAUCCAGAUUGGAAGACAUACACCCAGAUUAUCCUCACCCACAAGGACAGCCUUGAAGAAGCUAGAUUUAAAAAGGAAGAUUAUAUAAGCAAGGCCUCUGGAGCCUUCAAAUCACUUCUGGAGUCAGUGGAGCACAGGUAUCACUUUGUGGACAACACUGCAGCCUUUCUCCAAAAAGAAGGCAGACCAAUUCUAGAAAAACUAAUCUACCUUUCAGGGCAAAAUAAAUACAAAGGAUUUACCGUGAAAUAAAUCUUGGUUGGACACCUCUCCUUAACCGUAGUCCAAAAACAAGAAAGUACCUUUGAUCUUACACCAUUAUGAUGAGGGUGGUGUCAAAUUAAAUUAUGCAUUUUGUUUCUAAAGGGUGUAAUUUCUAGAAUCUUGCAUUUAUUGUAUACAAGUCCUCAUUUUAUCACUGUCCCCUUUUUCCUGUGUUACUAUCCCAAUAGUCAAAUCUACAUUAAUAAUAACUACCAUAUAUGUUUAACACACUCCACUUGAAACAAGCCCAGGUGUAUGCCAAUACAGUACAUCAUCAGUAUCACUGGACCAAGUCUCUUUCUGGUACUAUGUAAUACUACAUAAUACUUCAAAACUUUAGGUUACAGCAAAGCACUGGUAUUUUCCAAUAACUACACAAUGCAGUUGGUGAUGUAACCUGUGGUUAUAGGAAGUUAUUCAUCACAGCAUGUGUCUUGAAAAUAAUCUGAAGUGGGUUUGGACCAAUACUCAUUGCUAAUUCAAAUAUGGGUUCAACUGGAUUUAAGAUUUAAAACGGAUACACAAAUUGCUGUAUGGGAAUGUAAUUUAGGACAACUUUCUGGAUAUUUUUUAUUAAUUAUUUGUUUUUUAAACAAAAUUGUUUCUUCAGCUGAUUGAGCACCAUUCAAGAACUUAGAUCCACUGUUCCAGUUUCUCUGCAGUCAUACCUAUUUAUAUCGACCCCCGGUUAAAAAUAGUGGGUGUGAAUUUCAGCAAAAGCAGAACAAAAAAAAAAUGGCACAUACAUUAUAAUAAAAGAAAAAAGCAAGCAUAGCACCUCUGUUACACUUUGCUAUUAACAUUAAAUAUCACAAGCUAUUGGGAGAAUUAUAUUCUAGGGAUAUAUGGGUGUGCUGAGCUUUGUAGAUGCUGUUGCCUUUGAUUUCAAAGCCUGCCCCCUUUAUGUGAAAUUAACCUUGGCAGUAACAUUAUUUAGCACGCUUACACUUUUGCAUGUAUCUGGAAAACCGUUUAAUAAAUUGUGAUGAAACUUGGUAUAACAUUAUUUAGCAUAAGUUAUUGGGGGGGAUCUACAGAGUUGUACAUUAAGUCCCAUAGCCCUCCACUACUCUGUGAAGUUAAGAGUUUUUGUUCAAUGGUGUUCAUUUUACGCGCAAUACAUGCAACUAGAGCAAUUUAUUUUUGAUUGUCCCACGGAAGCCAUGUUUUUUACUGUAGCAACUUCACUUGGGAAAUCUUUAACCCUUUGCGGUCCAUUUAUUUCAGCACUCGUCAGGCACGUCAGAUCCAAUUUAUUUUCACACGCACUAUUUAAAAGUUAUUUUAUUCUUAAGUAAAACAGGUUUAAAAGGCACUGCAUAUCAACAGCACACUCAGUACUGCAUCCCCAGCCCCGCCCCACCCCUUGUUCGCUGUAUUUAUCACAUACCUCUUCAUAGUCGUGCAUACUGAUAAAUCAUCUCCUGAUCACUCGUUUUAUCACCAAACUCCUCAGUAAUGCGAUCCAAGUCAUUAUUUUAUUACUAUAACAUCUCAAAAAGCUUGGUAAAUGUCUGUGAUAUUCUUUGAGUGCUGGCUGCGGAAACAGCGAUCUUGUUUGUUUGUGUCCGUGUUAUGUCUGUGGUGAAGGGACUAUGUGUAUUGCUCAGAUCCGCUCCCCAUUUUUUUUCGGCUCCUAUUGGUCUCACUUGGACAUUGAAAGGUUUUCUCUGCUCUUUCCAGAGAAAAAACGACGAGAGACCUGUGCUUGAUGUCUUUUUGAUGAUGUAUGACCGGAAAGGGAAAAUUGUAAUGUCGGACCUGGUCCGACAAAGGACCGCAAAGGGUUAAAAGAAAACCAUACUUGGAUCAUGUAUGCAAAGUUUUGCUUUGAUCAGAUUAGCGGUUUUGGAGAAAAAUACAUUUGUGUGUUAAUUAGGUUAUCUAACAUGGCCGCAAUACAACCAAUCAGCUUCAUUUCGAGCACCGUGCAUCUUGGACAAUCCCUAACCAAGUAUCCCAAGUUUCAGAACUCUGCAAUACGUGGUUUCCGACAAGAUGUUUGUAAAUUGUCCCCAUUAGCGUCUACAACUCUGUGAAGUUUUCGUGCAAUGGUUUUCAUUUUAUGCAACUUCUAAGGUUUUGUUGGUGGAAAGA